AUGCAGCAAGAAGCUCGGAAUACCGAAAAUCAUCAGCGGUCAUGGUCAGACAGCCUUCGUCACAAAGCCGUUCACUUUGUGAGCGCAGGAAGCUUGAAACCGACAUUGGAACCGACAUUGGAACAUGCAGAUGAGGAUCAGACAAAAUCGGAUACCAACAGGGAAGAACCCGAGACCGAUGAUAUACCGGAUAAAAAGGCAGAUAUUGAGGUUCCAUUCGUCUUCGACUCAAAGGGACAAGGGGUUGUUCAUACCGAGCACCCAGACCCAGUAUUGCAGUCCAAAUUAUCGGAUAUAGAUGACUCGAGUGAGGAUGAGGUCGUGUUCACUGGCCGCAGGAGGAAUACUAAGCCCGUUCUUAUCGAAACGCACCAGAACGAGAUCCAAGAAAUUGUCCAGGCGAAUACUGUGGUAUCGUUGCGAAAGUCUCACACACCAACGCCGGACGAUGCGCACCAAGAUACGCACCAAGACCCUUCGCCAGCCGCUACCCCUACAGGCAACCCUGAAUCCAACACGGAGAGAUCAGACUGGCUACCAGAAGUGGAGACCGACCCAAUAGCCGACUAUAUUGCCAACAUCGACAGUGACUACCAGGAAGUGACAUCCGGUGCAAAGAUUGACCUAGAAGGUGGCAUUGAUGUUGAAAAAGCUGCAACGCAACUAGACCUGUCGGCCUCGAGUCCCACAGGCACCAAAAUUGAAUCACCAGGAUCACUAGCCCAAAUGCAAAUUGAUACCGAACAUGAUUCGAUUCCAACAUCAAGCGAAGAUGAAGAGGGCGAUAUGGUCAUAUCUGGAUCAGAUGACGACACCCUCGAAGACUUUGUGCUGCUUGAGGACAUGGUGAACGGAUAUUCCAGGUCCACUAAGAAGGGUUCCCGUCAUGGAAAGCCCUCUUUUCCAUCGGCAUCGGCACUUGCGGAUGCUCUUGAGUCUGACCCAUACUUCGGGUUUGACAUAAUGGACUUUGACCGGCCAAGUCUACGGAAGAAAACCAAGGGCAAGCUGUCCAUCCCCGACCCGGUGCAAUCCGACAGUGAGUUCGAAAUCGAGUUACAGGAGGCCUGGCAGAACGACCGGACCAAAAAGAAGCUGCGGAAGAUGGAGCGGGCAGAGCUCCGGGCACAAGGUCUACUGGGCAGAAAAGCAGGGAACCCAGACCUUAAGGUCAAGUACCCCAAGGAAAUGAACAUGGAGGAAUUUAUGGCCGAGAUUCGCUCAUUUCUCAUGUCAACUAAAAAUAGCCUGUCUCUGCCGCCCAUGACCAAGCAACGCAGAAAGCUGAUACAUGAAUUGGCCAAUGCACUGAAUCUGAAAUCACAGUCACGCGGCCAUGGACUUUCUCGCUUCCCGGUUCUCAAUAAGACGGCGCGCACUCCGCGAUACACAUCAAAGACUAUAUCUAACGUUGACGAGCUGUUAUCCGGGAGGAAGUUCAACCGUCGGUUGUUCAAAUCAUGGGGCACGGAAGUGCCGAAAGUCCCCCGAAACAAGCGUGCCAAGUCCGGCGCUGCUUCAUAUAUGGAUGGCGAUGUUGUUGGCGCCUCUGCUCCAGAAAUCGGAGCUGAAAACCGAGGGCGGGCUAUGUUGGAGAAGAUGGGAUGGAGUACAGGUACUGCUCUAGGUGCUGCCGACAACAAGGGAAUUCUGCAGCCUGUCGCACAGGUCGUGAAGAAUUCGCGAGCUGGGUUAGGUUAG